GUAGAGGGGACUUAAUAUCUAAACUGCGGCCAGGCUACUUUGGUAAUAGUACCGUUCAGAUCCUCAAGCUAUAAGCUGCAACGAAUUUUAAACUUCCAUCUUCUAACAUUGCUGCAUUAAAGCACCGGUGUUGGAAAAUAAAACCCGCGAUAUUUUUCGUUUUGUUUGUUAUGUGUCCGCUGUAACGCGCAGUGUUUUGUUCGAAUUUUUGAGUGUUGAGUGACAUUGUUGCGAACAUGGUGAUGCACAAAGUAGCUAUGCCCGUGCAGCCCAAUUUGAAUAUGAGAAGAGCCUUCUUCAACCGAAAGAUGGCCGCAGAUUUUCCUACGGACACAAACGCAAACGGAAACGAACUGUCUUCAAUGAUGCCUACCAAAUUAUUGCCGACAUAUGCAACUUCACAGUUGCAGACGAACUCCCAAACAAGCACGACCACCACCACGACCAGAGUGAACAGAAGUUCUACAUCCUCAUCCACAAGCACCCAACGUAGGGUUACAUCCGAUGUAAAGGCGACAAAUAUGAAAAGCGACUUGGUGGAAUUUCAAAACAAUUUGAACGACAUGAAGAGCACUUACGCGCCUUUGCACCAAAACGAGACCUUUAGGUCACUGAGGAACUCUCUGGAGAACCUGGUGGACAACGAUGAACCUUUGGUCACCUUUCCAGACGAUACCCCGACUCCCAGCGAGAUUGGGUCGCCCACCAACAUCGUAGAUACAGUCAAGUUCGAGCAAAAGAUGACCAACAACUUCAAGAAAACUAAGGUCAUCAAAGACGGUCUGUGCGCGGAAAAAGAAAGCGCAAACUGCGAGGAAAUGAAGAAAAUUCAAGCCGGUGAUGUUUCCUACGAGGAAAAUAGCGCGGCGGCCGCCUCGCGCGCCAGACUCGAGGUGGAUGGAGUUUCUGCCGAAAAAAGUUUAGUGACAGCGAAGGAACAAAAACUUCUCAAAGCGGGUGAUCUGAGCCAGGCAGAAUCGAAAAAUAUGGCCAGCACAAACAUGAAAGUGACCACGGAUAAUUUUACUUCGGAAAAACGUGCUACGGAGUCCCAGCAGCAGAUGCAAACUGUCACAAACAAUGGGAUUUACAACCAGCAGCAAGUUACUUCUAGUAGAUCGGUGUUUACCUCCAAAAAGGAUGUCACCAAGAUGUCUAGCAGCAUGUUGCAGCAGAAAGCACAGUUCCACAUUCUAAACAACGGUAGCAGUAUGGAAGACGUGAUUCUCAAUGCAAACUUCGGCGACUUGGACAGUCUUUCCGCGACAUCCCACAAACUGGAAAUCGAUCUGGCCAUAGAAAAAUACACUGCUUAUUUGGAAACUUCCUUUAAACACUUAAAAAGUGUGGACUCCAAACAAGCCCCACAAAUUCUCAACAAGAUGAAUGAAGUGAUGGGUAAAGCUUGGGCUGUCCCUACAUAUGGUCACGAGUUGGGUUCAUCUCUAUGCAACACGUUGAGAAGUUGUGGCGGGUUGGACUUGAUAAUGGCAAAUUGCACGAAACAAGAAACCGAGUUGCAAUUCUCCAGUGCGAGAUUGCUUGAGCAAUGCCUUACAGGAGAAAAUAGAGCUCACGUGGUGGAACACGGAUUGGAUAAAGUUGUGAAUGGAGCAUGUGUGUGCACGAAGAAUACAUCCGUGGAUCACUCGAGAGUGGGUACAGGGAUUUUGGAACACUUGUUCAAACACAGCGAAGAAACUUGCAGCAAUGUGGUCAAGUUGGGAGGUCUAGAUGCCUUACUAUUCGAGUGCCGAAAGAGUGAUGUGCCCACUUUAAGGCAUUGCGCUGGCGCUCUAGCAAACCUUAGCUUGUACGGUGGGGCCGAAAAUCAAGAAGCAAUGAUCAAACGUAAAGUACCAAUGUGGUUAUUCCCACUGGCUUUCCAUAACGACGACAACAUCAAAUACUACGCCUGUCUGGCCAUAACGGUUCUGGUGGCAAACCCUGAGAUAGAAGCAGAAGUAUUGCAAUCUGGCACGUUAGGCUUGGUGGAGCCUUUUGUCACCUCACACAACCCCUCUGAAUUCGCACGAUCAAACUUGGCUCACGCUCACGGGCAAAGUAAGACUUGGUUGAAACAUUUAGUGCCCGUAUUAUCAUCGAAAAGGGAAGAGGCGCGCAACCUAGCCUCGUUUCACUUCUGCAUGGAGGCGGGAAUAAAAAAGCAACAAGGCAAAACCAGCAUAUUCGCCGAAAUUGGUGCUGUAGAGCAACUCAAGAAAGUAGCAAGCUGUCCCAAUGCAGUGGCGUCGAAAUACGCGGCGCAAGCUUUAAGACUCAUCGGUGAAGAAGUGCCGCACAAACUCAGCCAACAAGUACCUUUAUGGUCGUGCGAAGACGUCGAGGAAUGGGUCAAACAAAUCGGAUUCAACAAAUAUUCGAAUAACUUCACUGAAAGCAGAGUGGACGGUGACUUGUUGUUGCAGUUAAACGAAGAUAACUUGAGAGACGAUAUCGGCAUUAAAAACGGCAUUGAAAUCAAGAGAUUCACCAGGGAGUUGCAGAAGUUGAAGAAAAUGGCAGACUACACAUCGAAGGACGCAGCUAAUAUAAACUCGAUUUUACAAAGUAUGGGGGUGCAGUUCAGUAUAUACACUUACAACUUCCUUAAUGCUGGAGUUGAGACGAAAGAAGGUUUAAGGAACUUAUCUGAAGACCAACUGCAUGAGGAAUGCUUCAUCAAAAACUCCAUACACAGAUUUAGAAUUAUGGAAGGUAUAAGGCAGCUCGAGAACGGUUUGGAAAAUGCCAGUGAUCCGGGUAUGGACAAAUCGCUGGAUGUAUUUGUAAGCUACAGGAGAUCGAAUGGGUCACAACUUGCAAGUCUUCUGAAAGUCCAUCUGCAGUUGAGAGGGUUCAGUGUUUUUAUCGAUGUAGAACGGCUCGAGGCUGGAAAAUUCGACAACAAUCUCCUACAGAGCAUACAGAAGGCGAAACAUUUCCUUCUUGUUUUGACACCGAAAGCUUUGGACAGAUGCAUAGGCGAUGAAGAGAAAAAAGACUGGGUGCAUCGAGAAAUAGUUGCUGCCCUUCAGUCAAACUGCAACAUUAUUCCGAUAAUCGACAAUUUCUCGUUCCCCGAUCUCGAACAACUUCCAGAAGAUAUAAGGCCUGUUUGUCACUUUAAUGCCGUGAGAUGGAUCCAUGACUACCAAGAUGCUUGCGUGGACAAACUUGAAAGGUUCAUGCGUGGUGAAUUGAAUUCACGUGACGGGCCAAUGUCGAGAGUCGGUUUAAAUAAAGGUGACAUAACUCCCGGUACUCCAUCGAAUCCGAAUUUGGUGAGGCAGCCUCCUAGUUACCAGAGAAUGCACAGCAACGAUUCAGGGAGUGGAAAAAGUUCAGAUAAAGAUACGAAUCUGAGAGAUUGACUAGAUGGCCCCAGCGCCUCGGGAAUACCUACGCCUUAUCCAAGUCUUUAAUUCCAGAUUUUACAAGUCCAGUAUACCGCCACGAACGUGGUUGAUGAACUCCAACAGGAACCAUCGAGGGGGUCUCCCUCCCCAAUACCCCUACUACCCUAGGAGAGGCUCGAACACGCCGACGUCCUCCCUGGCGUUGAGCAGCGUUUCCGCCGCUCCAAACCGAUCGAGAAGUCUGGACGGCUUGCUGGACUCGGAGCCGCAGCUGGCAGCCGCAGCUGACGACGAUCCGAUCCCGUCCGAAACCACCAAAAGCUGCGACGACCUCGAUCAACAGAGUUUCGAAAGCAGCUGCGACGCGGACAAAAUGUCCACCUAUUCGAACAACUCGAGUGAUUCGAAGCGGAAGCGGAACUUCAUGGACCGAUGUGUAAAUAAAGUGAGAUCUCUCAUAAAGAAGUGAUCUUUGAUGAUUGCAGCCCAGUCAAAUUAUUUGACCGGGCUGAUUACUAAUUAAAUCACUCUAAAAUUAGUUGUGAUUAGACGAUGGUGAUAUUUUAAUUUAUAAUUUUUUGUUUGGGGCAGCUAGAUUGCCCGUUGACAAGCAACUAAAUUUUUAAGUACAAACGUGUGCUUCUAUACAAAAUUUGUAUAUUUGGUAAAUACUGUGUGAUCAAUAAAUGCCUUUAUGUAUGUGACCCAUCUACUGGGCGAUUUUAAAGUAUUUAUAUUAUAUUGUCUAGUAUAUAAGUGUUGUCUAAUUAUUAUUUGACAGUGCUUAUGUUUAUAAUUUUAUGUGUUUUAACAUGUACAUUUUUAUUCUAUAACAAACAUAUUUUAACUUCCCUUUUUAUUAAUACCAAAACUUGCCUAAGCCACUUAGGCAAGGUUUAUAGGUAGGUAACUAUGUAGUGCAUUGAAAAAACUAUUUUGCAUCAUUUAUGUUUUAAUUGUUAAUUUAAUACUCAGAAAGGUGAGUGAAAAUUAUUAACAUAGUUUUUUUAUUGAUAGCAGUUAAUUGUUUUUUAUUUAUGUUAUAUUUAAAAAUAUAUUUUAUUAAGUCAAUUCUUGCUUUUUAUUUACC